GUCGUCUAUCACACACCACUACGAAUUAGCACGUAGAUCAACUGUCGAAUUUCCCUUGACAUUCUGCAAUAGUUCGCCUCGGCGUCGGUGCCACCUAUAGUUUUUUUGUUCGUUCCUCUUUUAUUUUAUUGUAUUGUUAUUUACACAAUUUUGUCGUUAAUAAAAUAUUGGACGGACGUUCAAAAAUUCAAACAGCACGUGUCAUUUCGGCACAUCGGUCGUCGUAUUGUACUGCGUUCGUUUGUAUAUUAUAAUAUUCAUAAUAAUAUAUACAAAACUGUGAACCAGUGAUGCCUAUGCUAUGCCCGUUAAACACCACGGUAAUUCAUUUGUUUUAAAUAUUAUAAAUAAUAACGAAAUUGGAUAUUUGAGACAUAAUUUGGGUACCACGUUAUGUUGUUAAAUUUUAUUUGAUUGAUUUUCUAUCAAACGGUUCGGAGUAGGUACAUUCCAUGUUGUAAACCAAUUAGACUGCGGUUAUUUGCACGUCCACUUAGAAUUAAUUAUGCAUGCACAAGGUACUCGAAAUAAUGUACCUACUAAAUUUACCAUCAUUGAAUUUAUUUGGAGUAGGUAUGAUAAAUUAACCUGUUUGUUUUUUUUUCUUUUCCUUGCCACGACUUUUGAACACUAUUGCAAUAACGUUGUUGCCCUCUCACCGGUUUUUAUAUCAAGUUCACUUCUCUUCAUUGGACACAUUGAUUGUACUUGUAUGGUUUAUUUUGCUUGCUCAAACCCGGUACCUAAUUGCACUAUUUUGCUUGUUACUAUUAUUUCAUUAUUUUGAUUGGUCUUAAAAUGUCCACUGAAAACGACACUAAUGUGCCAAAUAUAUUUAAUUCUGAUUUGUGAGUACAGUUUUUUUAAAACAAUACAUUGAUUGAGAAUUAUAUUCUUUACACGUUAAAUAUUUUUUUUUUUUAAUAUUAUUAUUCAAUACUUUUAUUCGAACCAACUUUUGAAUUGUUGUACUGCAAUUUUUAUUAUUUUUUUUUUUGAAUUUUGUUCACCUAUAACAAAAUUAUUUACUUCAUUAUUAUUGCAUUUAAUAUUUAUGUAUGUAUUCAAAGUUACCAUAGUAGAUAAGUUAAGCUAAUGUUAGUUUUUUUUUAAACUAACACUAUUUAAACUCCGACUAGAUAGAUAGGUUAAGCUAAGGUUAGUUUUUUUUAUGCUAACACUAUUUAAACUCUGACCUAAACACUACAAUAACUUAUAAAAAUAUUAUUUGAUACCUACUUAAAAUUAAUUAAAUUCUUAAAUAGAAACUACUUGGUAACGUAUGCCUUAGAAUUUUAUGAAGACAUAUAAAUGUAAAACAAAUUAGUUCCAAUUUUAAAUUAAAAUAUUUGGUAUGUUUGGCUACGCUUCAAAUAUUGUAAAAUUAUUUAUUUCACUUUGAAACACUCUUUGGUUUUAAAAGAUUUGCUAUUUGAUAUGUUUUGUGUAAUAACCUAAGAAAAUUUUUAUACCGAAAACAUUUAGAUUGAUUAUUAUUUGAAUGAUUAAUUUUUGUUUUAGUUUUAUAGUUUUAUGUGCAUACAAAUAAACCUAAAAUGUACACAUCUAUGUUAUUGCAAUUUGAUAAGAAUCUGUAUGAUAAAUGGUUUUAUUCAUUGAAAUUAUGUGAAUAACGCAUAGGAAAAAUGGUUAUAUUUACAAUUCAUAAUAUAGAUAACCUCGUGGUACCUAAAUUUAUUUGAUAUAAUUAUUAAUUAUUAAUAAUCACAUAUUAGCAAGAUAAUUUAUAGUUUUUGCACGUAGCUUGUCACAUUAUUCAUAGUUUCAUACAGUAUUAAAUUUUACUAUUAAAUACCCAACUAAUAUAUUUUUAAUUUAUUAUUCAUAAAAAUAAACGGCCUAUUUUAUUGUGUUCCAGAGCUCCUGAUUAUGUUACGACCUUAGACCUUAUAACAAUGCUAUUGAUAAAUGACUAUAAGUUUGAAAUAACCAGCACUCUCGUAAUCAUGUUCAUCAUUAUCAUGUAUACUUCUAGUCAUGCUUUUCGUUACUACGCCAAAUAUGCCUUAUUUACAGUAUUGUCAUACAUUUCUGCAACUAUAUUCAUCCCAUUAAUGUUGAGAAGGCCAAGAGACUAUAGAAACGGAUUGUAAAUUAAAUUUAUUAUAUCAUUGUUUUUAAAAUAUAUUAAUUUGAAUUAUUUUUUAAUGUUAGGUUACCUGCAUGGGGCGGACGUCAAAUAUCAAAAAUGUUAGGAUUAACGUGGGAAAUGAGGGGCCAAGAAAAUAUUGUACAAGGUUCAGGUUGUGUUGUCUUGAUCAAUCAUCAAAGCUGUUUAGAUUUACUAGGUGAAUUCAUUAUUUGUGUUCCUAAUUUAGUUUAUAAAUUAACAUAAAAAUGUACACUAAACAUUUUAAAUCAUUAUUUCAGUGUUAUCUGAAAUAUGGCCAGUUAUGGAUAGAUGCACUGUGAUCUCAAAGAAAGAAAUAUUUUAUUUUUGGCCAUUUGGUCUAGCAUCAUGGUUAUGGGGUACAAUAUUCAUUGACCGGUUGAAUGUAGCAAGUGCUCAAAGUACAAUAAAUAAAACUGGACAAGCUAUUCUCCAAAGAAAAGUAAUUAACGUUUAUCCGUUUCAAAAAUAAAUGAUUUUAGAAUAAGUACUAAGUUUCUUAUAUAACAAUACAAGUGGUAAACUAAAAACGAUAAUCCAUAUUUAGAUUGUAUUUAUAGUUAUUAUUUUUUUUAAAUGUUUGUUAUAGGCUAGGCUUUGCAUGUUUCCUGAAGGUACAAGACACGGAGGGCUAGAACUUUUGAAUUUUAAAAAAGGAGCAUUUCAUGUUGCUAUUUCGUCACAGUGCCCCAUACAGCCAGUAGUUGUAUCACAAUAUUUCUUUUUAGACCAUAAAAAACACAUUUUCGAUUCUGGUAAGAUAUAAUUAACAGUUUACGCAUACAAAAAUCACUAUUGUUAGUAUUAUUUUUUAUUUAUUAUGUUUGUAAUCAAUUAAUUUUUUAUUUUUCAUUUCGGAGCAUGUUAUAGCAUUAUUUAUUAAACUAUUAAAUUAAAAAUAUGUUUAUACUUACCUUAAUAUCUGUAUUGAUCUUUUAGGGCACAUUGUUAUAACAAUAUUACCUCCAAUAGCCACGGAGGGAAUGACCAAAGAUAACAUAGUUGAGCUCAUUGAGAAAUCAAGAACAGCAAUGCAAGAUGUUUAUACAAAAUCUUCAGAAGAAAUGAAAACAAAAUAUUAUAAUAUUAGCUAAAAUGAAAUUUUUAUUUUUAAUUUCUUCUUGCGAAUGUUUGACUUUUAUUAUUAGUAUACUAAUUAUUCUUAGUAACUAUUAGCUAUGUGCUUAUAGUUAUGGAUAUUAUGUUUAAUGUAUGCUUUACAGUAUUUUUUUUUUUUUUUGACAAAAUGUAUAGUUUUAUAACAUUCAUUAUAAAUUAUGAAUGUUGAACAAUGCUUCUUUUUUCUUCAUUUUGUAAAUGAAUACUAUUGCACACCAAAAUUAUAUAAAUUUAUUACAAACUUUUUUGUCAAUAUUAUUUUUAUAUAAUCUUAAAUUUUUCAUCAUAUUUACUUCUAAUAAUAUAAUUAUAAUUGAGUUGAGUGUGCCUAAAUCAAAUUGAAUGUAACAGAUUGAAAAAUGUGUUUCUACAUUUAAUUUCUUAUAAUGUGUAUUUAUUUUUUAGUUUAAAAUAAUUUUUCAAUUCUAAAUGUAUUUGCAUUAAUUGUUAAGUCUUGUAACAAAUAUAUUGAUAAAUUUGAAAGAUUUUACAUACGAAAAUUAA